AUGCGUGGUUUGCUUGUCCUCUUCGCAUGCUUCAAGAGACCGGCAAACGUGCAGUUCGCUGAUGGGAGGGAGCUGGACGGAAGCUUUUGUGGGGCCUUCGAGGUUGCUAGAUCUUUGACACCUUUGACAUGUUUGAGCGGAGGAUUCCAAACAAGGUCUGCACAAACUUUGCUAGACAACCCUGAGAGUGACCUACGGAAUAUUGGUAAUGUCCGAGAAUGUCUCACUCUGCGCGGAGGAGAUGAGAGCUCCGAAAAGGGGGUAGAGAAAGAGAUCAAGGGGUUACAGAAGGAGAUCAAGAGUGUAAAGAAAGAGAUCAAGAGUGUAGAGAAAGAGAUCAAGAGUGUAGAGAACGAUAUUCAGGUUGUAGAGAAAGAGAUCAAGAGUGUAGGGCAACAGGAUCCGAGGAGGCAUGCAGAACUUCGUGAAGACAAGGAGCAGCUUCGCAAGAAGGAGGAGCAGCUUCGCAAAGACAAGAAGCAGCUUCGCAAGAAAGAGGAGCAGCUUCGCAAAGACAAGGAGCAGCUUCGACAGCUGCUUUUAUUCAGAGAGGGCAGCCUUCAGAAGAGUCCCUUGUCGGGAGCGAGCAUUGCUUGGACAGAGUCAGAUGCUGGGCUUGAUCGCGUCGGCUUGUGCAAUGACAAGAAAUACUUCCGUGUAGAUACCUCUUACUUGAUGGUGGUCGGCGAUGGGAACAGCCGACAAGAGCGUCUGCUCUAUUGCCGAGAAGCCUUCUUGAAGCAGCAUACUUUCCUGAGAGAGCGGGUGCUGGACAGGGGUGCCCUUGGGUGGAUAAUGGGCUCGCCAGGGACAGGAAAGACGACGGCGACGUUAUCCUUCUUGUUGAUGCUGGACAUGAACGAAUGGAGUGUGACAUUCAUCAGGCUGAAUGCUGUAGCAGACGGCUUUUGUGUUCAGGUCGCAGGUAGUACGAGACGAACAUGCGUAAUCGAGAGGAUAACUGCCGGGAAGCUGGUGGAGACGUUGCUCAGAGAAUGGUCCAACGGCAACAGGCGUUUCGUUGUACUGGAUGGGUUCUUAGGACACCAACCAAAUCAUUGGGAAGCCUUUGAUGCAUGCAGAAGGUGGCGUGACAUCGACAGAAGCAAUCGACGGUUGGUGGUGGUGACAUCCAUGGCUUCUAGGGACAAAAUUUACUAUCACGAGGAUAAGCUGCUGCAGUUGGAAGAGCAUCUCGUCGUCUCCUGGACCAUUGAUGAAUACUUGCAGGCAGUGCAGUCAGACGAGUUUUAUGAGGAAGUAGAAUCCAUGUUGGAGAUGGAUCUGGGUCUGCUGGAUCUGAGCAGAUUGGGUAUCAAGAAGAUGCAGUUGGGUAGGUCGAAAGAAGCGCGGGUCAGGCAGAAGCAUUACCUCGCUGGUGGGUCGUGUCGGCACAUGUUCGAAAUGAGCGCGUACGAUGUGGUUAAGUUUAUCCAUCAAGCGUUUCGGAGUGUUCCAGAUCUGGAGCUUAUCUUCAGGGGCAACAUAGGCGCUUCUUCGACGCAGUUGGUCAAUCGCUUGAUAGCAACUUUCGUGAUCGACGGUGAAGUAAGGUGGUUGCCAGCAAGCGAGUAUAUUUCCUGGAAGCUUAUGCACGAAAUUGAAGCAGAGGAGUUGAAGAGAGUUUUUUCCAAAUACAGCAUAUCCAAUGCGGCAGUGAAGGGAUGCUUAUUCGAGAUGAUCUUUUUCAAGGAGGUGCAACGGGGCUUGAGAUUGACUUACCGCAGAUCACAUAACAGACCACGUGAGGCUCGGCCUUGGAAAGGACAUAGCGUCGUGUUCUUUGAUCCGCUGCAAGGCAAUCAUUCUCUCCCUCGCACUGCGGUAUGCUUUAGGCCGAUCAGCGAGCUUCAGGGAGGAUACGAUGCAUUGAUCGUAGACAAGAAUGCCAAGAAGGCAGUGUUUGUGCAGGUAACCGUGAGAGAGAAGCAUGCUCUGAAGCUUUCUUUCUUCCUGGAUGCUCUCACGGCCCUCGGCAUUCCUCCAGGUCGUGCAUGGAAGGUGGAGAUCAUCUUCCUCAUCCCGAAUCAGAGGAUGCCGGUGUUCCGGAUAAGCCCUGUCGAAGACUGUGGGGCGCUGGAGGGAUAUGGAUGGAAGAAAGGCGAGGAGAAGAAGAAGGCGAAGGUUGCGUUUCCACCUUUGAACUGA